AUGGUAGACAAAACCUUACAGGUGAUGCAAACCGAAAACAACCCUUCCGAACAAAAUUUGCAUGAAAAAGCAUGCACGGAGACAGCGAGCUCAGCAAAAGAAGGACCCGUUACAAUGGCAUCUCAAGAAGUGUUUGAAAUGGAAAGUCAAAUGGUAGGAGGCCAGAUUGAGAUUCAAAACGGUGGAUGCCUCGAGAUGACGUCUGAGAUGAUAGGUGUAAAUGUGGAUUCUCAAAUGCAAUUUCAGAUGAUGAGCGAGCAACAGUUGGACUCAAUGAACGGUGAAGGAAUGACAGUCAUAAUGCAGUCACAGGUACUCGAUGGACAGCUGUUCGACAUUCAAAAUGGGGUUCAGCAUCAAGUAAUAGACGGACAACAAGUAAUGGUGGGAAAUAAUUCGGGGCAAAUGCAAAUGUCAAUGUCAUCGACGGGAGAAUAUGGCGGUCAAAAUUUGCAGGUAGAGGGGAGCGUUAUACAAGGAACAGAGAUAUUAUACAGUCCAACGCAAGUAAUAGAAAUGACAGCAGAAGGGAUGAAUGGUUCAAUAAUACAAUCCCAAGAGAUUGCAUUUGAUAGCAGUAGCCAAAUGAUUAAAGUUGAAGGAAUGUCCAGGGGACAAGGCGGAAUGAUGCAAGAAAUGUCACCAGGAAUCAAUGAACAACAAAUACAGAUGCAGGAGAUGUACGUGCAAGGAAUGUCUUUGCAAGAUAUGUCAGUGACUAUGGAUGGAAUGGCUAUAGAAGGAAUGUCUAUGCAAGGAGUGGGUAUCGAAGGAAUGACGAUGGAAGGAGAAAAGGCUAUGGAAGGAAUGACUAUGCAAGAAAUGUCUAUGCAACAAAUUCCCCUGGAAAUGCAAAGUCUGGAGAUACAAAAUCAAGAGAUUGCAUUUGAAGGAGGCGAAACCCAGGAACAGCAACUUGAGAUGAGUGGGAUGACAAUACAAGGAAUGACAUCGGAGAUGAAUGGAGGAGAAAUACAAACUCAAGAAUUCUCAAUGCAGGGAAAGGGAAUGGUUCUACAAAGUCACGAAAUAGCAUUUAUGGAAGGAGGGAGCGAUCAGCAACUAGAGAUGAGUACGAUGACCAUACAAGAAAUGCCAGCAGUGGACGGUGAGUACCAAAUUGGAAUGAGUGAAAUGACGAUACAAGAGAUUCCACUGGAUAUGGCUGGGGGAGAGACCCAGAUACUGGAAAUGUCAAUACAGGAAAUGCCUUUAGAAAUGCAAAGUCAAGAAACAAUACUUGUGGAUAGUGAGUACCAAACUGGGAUGAGCGAAAUGACGAUACAAGAAAUAUCACUGGAUAUGGCUGGAGGAGAAACCCAGAUAUUGGAAAUGUCCAUGCAAGAAAUGCCUUUGGAGAUGCAAAGUCUAGAAGUUUCCCUUGUAGAAGGGGGUGAGAUUCAAGAACAGCAAUUUCAGAUGAAUGAGAUGACAAUUCAAGAAAUACCACUGGAUAACACCGGAGGGGAGACUCAGAUAUUGGAAAUGUCUAUGCAGGAAAUGCCACUGGAGAUGCAAAGUCAAGAAGUUUCCUUUGUAGAAGGGGAAAUACCACUGGAUAACACCGGAGGGGAGACUCAGAUAUUGGAAAUGUCUAUGCAGGAAAUGCCACUGGAGAUGCAAAGUCAAGAAGUUUCUGCAGUAGAAGGGGGUGAAAUCCAAGAACAACAGUUUGAGAUGAAUGAAAUGACAAUUCAUGAAAUACCACUGGAUAUGACCGGAGGGGAAACUAAGAUACUGGAAAUGUCUAUGCAGGCAAUGCCACCGGAGAUGCAAAGUCAAGAAGUUUCCGUAGUAGAGGGGGCCGAGAUCCAAGAACGGCAGUUUGAGAUGAAUGAAAUGACAAUUCAAGAAGUGCCACUAGAUAUGACCGGAGGGGAAACUCAGAUAUUGGAAAUGUCUAUGAAGGAAAUGCCUUUGGAGAUGCAAAGUCAAGAAGUUUCCGUAGUAGAAUGGGGCGAAAUCCAAGAAGAGCAGUUUGAAAUGGAUGAAAUGACAAUUCAAGAAAUACCACUGGAUAUGACCGAAGGGGAAACUAAAAUAUUGGAAAUGUCUAUGAGGGAAAUGCCACUGGAGGUGCAAAGUCAAGAAGUUUCCAUUGCAGAAGGGGGCGAGAUACAAAAGCAGCAAUUCGAGAUGAGUGAAAUGUCUAUACAAGAAAUGCCCUUGGAGAUACAAAGUCAAGAAAUUUCUGUUCUGGAAGGGGGCGAGAUCGAAGAGCAGCAAUCUGAGAUGAGUGAAAUGACCAUACAAGAAAUUCCGCUGGAUAUGGCUGGGGGAGACGUACCAACAAAAGAAAUGUCUAUGCAGGAAAUGCCUUUGGAGAUGCAAAACCAAGAAAUUUCAGUUGUGGAAGGGGGUGAGAUUCAAGAGCAGCAAUUUGAGAAGAGCGAAAUGACUAUACAAGAAGUGCCACUGAAUAUGGCUGGAGAAGGCGUUCAGACUCAUGAAAUGUCUUUCCAUCAGCUGCCAGUGGAGAGGCAAAGUCAAGAAGUUUUCUUUGUGGAAGGAGGAACAACGCAAGCAGAGCAGCUUGAAAGCACAAUGCAAGAAAAGCCAUUAGAAGAGGACGAUGCCAGGAGAGUUACUGAAAGUCAGAAACAAGUUCAGUUGGAUAAUAGUCUCAUUCAAGAGGAGCAGGCACCUGUGAAACAGACAACAGAAGCUGUUUCGAAUAUUGGAGAAUCCAGCUGGAGUAUAGAGGAAAUAGGAACCUUAGAGGAACAAGAACCUGAGCAAAGUUGGAGCAUGGACGUAGUUGGGACAAUUGUUGACCAGGAAAAUGGCCAUCGGUGGAGUACAGAAGAAGAAGGCAUUAUGACCCAAGAAAUGAUGUCAAAAGAUAAUAGUCAGAAAGUUGAAAAAUCCGUCAAGAAGAAGAAACAUAAUCAAGCGAAAUCUGAAGAGGUUCAGUCUAUCGAUGACGUUGCAUCUGUUGUUGACAACAAAAAGAGCGAAGCAAUGAAGUCUGACGAAGUUGAUAAGAAGGUAAUUGACAAAAAAACCACAUCAGAUCAAACUGAAGUAACACAGAAAGAGACCUGCGAUCAUAACAUAUUAAUAGAUCAAUUCCUGGAAAGAAUUACCAAACUUGAGAAAGAGAAAGAGUAUUUAGAAGGACGUUACGACGAACUACGAAAAGAGAGAGAAACUUUGGUGAUUUCAAGUAAGGAUAGACUGCAAAGGACGGAGGAUCAUCAUCAUUGUUGCGAUAUCUUGAAAGACUAUAGUAGCUUGAUAGACUACAUCACGACUCCGAGGGAUGUCUCAUCACAGGACUACAGUAGGGUGCAAGGUUAUGAUUUUACCCAGACUUGCGAUGUCCAUGAAAGUGUUAGAGAAUUUAGUAGGAAUUCAAAUCAACUGUCAAAUGACUGUGAGUAUUAUAAAUCCAAGUGUGAUCAAAUAAAACGUGAAAAGGAACGCCUGGAGAGAGCUUAUGAAAACGAAAAGAAGCAGAAAGAGGAGUUUGAAAGGGAAUACCAAACUGAAAAUGACGAAAAAGUUUACCUCGAAGAAAGGUAUCAAGAAAUGUUGGAGAACAUAAAUCGAUUUGAUGAAACCAUCCGGUCCCUGAGACGUGACAAUGAGUGCUUGCAAAGCAAACUAAACGAGUGGGCGUCAUCUCAAGCUCGGACACACACACUGGACAUGGGAAUGUUGACAGUACAGCGAGAUGACGAUGAUGAAGAUCUUGCAGAAUAUAAGAAGAAUAUUCUUGCGUUAGAGAAAGAGAACAGAGAAUUCAGGUCAAUUCUAGACGUCUUAAGUAAGAAAAACGAGAGCCAAGAAAGCUUAAAGAACAUCGAAUUUGGACUAGCACGAGAAAAUGAGUUUAUCGAGUUAAAGCGUGAAAGAGUGAGAUAA